CCCUGUCAUUUCAGCUCUGACACCAAGGAGAGAGGCUAGGAGGUCUACAAAUACCGUCUGGGUAGCCCGUGUGAGUACGGAAGGUACUGGGGGGGCUCAGCCCCCAGGGAAGAGGACCAGUCCUCCCCCAGCACCAUCACCAAGCCCCCAGGGGAUCCCUCUUUCCUCCCCAGACUGUGGACUGGCUUAGGGAAUCCCACACGAUGACUGAAAAGGAGGUGCUGGAGCCUCCUAAGCCCUCCUUUCCGGCAGAGACUCGGCAAAGUGGGCUACAGCGUCUGAAGCAGUUGUUCAGGAAGGGGUCUACAGGGACAAAGGAGAUGGAGCUGCCCCAAGAGCCCCAGGCCAAUGGGGAGGCAGUGGGAGCUGGGAGUGGGCCCAUCUACUACAUCUAUGAGGAAGAGGAGGAGGAGGAGGAAGAGGAGGAGGAGCCACCCCCAGAACCACCUAAGCUUGUCAAUGAUAAGCCCCACAAAUUCAAGGAUCAUUUCUUCAAGAAACCCAAGUUCUGUGAUGUCUGUGCUCGGAUGAUUGUGCUCAACAACAAAUUUGGGCUUCGCUGUAAGAACUGCAAAACCAACAUCCAUGAGCAUUGCCAGUCCUAUGUGGAGAUGCAGAGGUGCUUUGGCAAGAUCCCCCCUGGUUUCCGUCGGGCCUAUAGCUCCCCACUCUACAGCAACCAGCAGUACGCUUGUGUCACAGAUGUCUCUGCUGCUAAUCGCAGUGACCCUGUGUUUGAAACCCUGCGUACUGGGGUGAUCAUGGCAAACAAGGAACGGAAGAAGGGACAGGCAGAUAAGAAAAAUCCUCUAGCAGCCAUGAUGGAGGAGGAACCAGAGUCUGCCAGACCAGAGGAAGGAAAACCCCAGGCUGGAAACACUGAAGAGGAUAAGAAGGCUGAAAAGAAGACACCUGAUGACAAACACAAGCAGCCUGGUUUCCAGCAGUCUCACUACUUUGUGGCUCUUUAUCGCUUCAAAGCUCUGGAGAAGGAUGAUCUGGAUUUCCCGCCUGGAGAGAAGAUCACAGUCAUUGAUGACUCCAAUGAGGAGUGGUGGCGGGGGAAAAUCGGGGAGAAGGUGGGAUUUUUUCCUCCUAACUUCAUCAUUCGGGUCCGAGCUGGAGAGCGCGUGCACCGUGUAACACGAUCCUUUGUGGGGAACCGCGAGAUAGGGCAGAUCACUCUCAAGAAGGACCAGAUCGUGGUGCAAAAAGGAGAGGAAGCUGGUGGCUACGUCAAAGUCUACACCGGCCGCAAGGUGGGGCUGUUUCCCACCGACUUUUUGGAGGAGAUUUAG